AUAGUUGGAGCAUCAAACCGAGUACUCCUUUUUACACAGCCCUGUCCGCAGUCCACCGUCUUCUUCUUCUCCUUCUGCUGAAACUUCAAACGACUCUGUCCCAAAUCGGCAAAUCCCUUACGCGUCUCUCUCUCUCUCUCGCUGUGGCAUCAAUAGUCUUCCAACUUUGUUGAGAUUUUGGCGAUGGAUUUGAUGACGACGCCGAGAUUCACGUUGGGGAAGCAGUCUUCGAUGGCGCCGGACCGCGGCCGUGACGAUGACGGAAACGGUGGAGAUUCGGUGAAGAUCGAUCCGAGUUUGAGGCUGAUGUACCUGGCAAAUGAGGGGGAUUUGGAAGGGAUCAAGGAGAUGUUGGAAUCCGGCACCGAUGUCAAUUUCCGGGAUAUUGACGACCGUACGGCACUCCACGUCGCCGCCUGCCAGGGCUUAAACGAAGUUGCUAAGUUGUUGCUCGAAAACGGCGCCGAAGUUGAUCCCAGGGAUCGCUGGGGAAGCACGCCUCUUGCAGAUGCUAUACAUUAUAAAAAUCAUGAUAUGAUUAAACUUUUGGAGAAACAUGGUGCAAAGCCUCUGAGGGCGCCAAUGCAUGUCAACAAUGCUCGUCAAGUCCCAGAAUACGAAAUUGAUUCAAAGGAAAUUGACUUUACAAAUAGUGUUGACAUAACUAAGGGAACCUAUUGUAUUGCAUCAUGGCGAGGAAUAAAAGUUGCUGUGAAAAAGCUUGGGGAGGAAGUGACUGCUGAUGAGGAAAAAGUGAGGGCUUUUAGAGAUGAGCUUGCAUUGCUUCAAAAGAUACGACAUCCAAAUGUUGUCCAAUUUCUGGGUGCUGUAACUCAGAGCGCGCCAAUGAUGAUUGUGACAGAAUAUUUACCAAAGGGCGAUCUUUGUGCAUAUUUGAAGAGAAGAGGAGCCUUAAAACCUGCAAAAGCUGUGAGAUUUGCACUGGAUAUUGCAAGGGGAAUGAAUUACUUGCAUGAGCAUAAACCCGAACCAAUAAUUCACCGUGACCUCGAGCCUUCAAAUAUAUUGCGGGAUGAUUCCGGGCAUCUGAAAGUGGCAGACUUUGGAGUUAGCAAGCUGCUAAAAGUAACCAGUGGAUUUGAAGAAGAUAGACCCUUGACCUGUCAAGACGUUUCUUGCAGAUAUGUGGCCCCAGAGGUUUUCAGAAAUGAAGAAUAUGAUACCAAAGUGGAUGUUUUUUCAUUUGCUCUUAUCUUACAAGAGAUGAUUGAAGGCAGUCUGCCGUUUUCUGCAAAGCAAGAAAAUGAAGUUCAUAAAGCAUAUGCAGUGAAUAAGCGACCUCCAUUCAAAGCUCCAGCUAAGCAUUAUGCCCAUGGACUUAAAGAGUUGAUUGAGGAGUGCUGGAAUGAUGACCCAGCCAAGAGACUGACAUUUCGACAAGUAAUUGUUAGGUUGGAGACCAUUUAUAACAGGAUUGGCCAAAAAAAGCAUUGGAAGGUUCAAAUGAAAUGCUUUCAGUUUGAGAACAUGUGGAAGAAAGAUGAUGGUGGUAGUGUAAGUAGCCGCGACCAUUCAACUCGUUCCACCAGAAGCAUAUAAAUAGACUAUUUCUGGCACCUAUAAAUAGACAAGAUUCCAAAAUCAACUCUCCAUGGGAGUAAAGAAAUUUGUGUAUGCAAUUAGGAAGCUGUGCUUUGUUUUGGCUUUUUCCUUAUGGGCCAUUUGUUCCUGGUUCUUCAACCUCAGCUCUGCAUUCUACUGCUGAGGAGUGAGAACACCACCUAACCUGCCAUUUAUUGCCAAAAUGGACUGUUUAUAUGUACCCUUUUGAAUGUAGUUUCAUUGUUAAAUUUGAUAGAAUGUUUUGCGAGGAAA